CGGAAGUGGGUAGCUGUUGAGGCGGCGGCGUUUUGCUUGAGGGUUACUCCUCCGUGGCUUCCGGGGGUGCUUCCUCGCGCGAGUGCGUCGGCGGCGGCUCCUGCCGCACCAAUCCCGCUCCCGGACUUGAAGAUCCUGGAAAUCUACUUGGCUGUAAAUUGCUAUGCUAGCCAGAGGAUGAGUAACCAGCGGAUGUGAGAAGUUGAAAACAGUCAACGUUCAGCUUCCUUGCCAACCUCUGUACAGGUCCCUUCCUUCUCUGUAGGGUGAAGUCAAAGAGCACAAUGAGUACUAGAAAGCGCCGUGGUGGCACAGUAAAUUCUAGACAAGCCCAGAAGCGAACUCGGGAAGCAGCCUCCACUCCUGAGAUGGCCUUGGAAGCAGAACCCAUAGAACUUGUGGAAAGUGCUGGAGAUGAAAUAGUGGAUCUCACCUGUGAAUCGUUAGAGCCUGUGGUCGUUGACCUGACUCACAAUGACUCUGUCGUGAUUGUUGACGAGAGGAGGCGGCCAAGGAGGAACGCGAGGCGGCCACGUCAGGACCACGCCGAUAGCUGUGUGGUGAGCAGUGAUGACGAGGAGCUAUCCAGGGACAGAGACGUGUAUGUGACCACCCAUACCCCCCGAAACACCAGGGAGGAGGCAGCCACGGGACUCAGGCCCUCUGGUACUGUCAGUUGUCCGAUCUGCAUGGACGGGUACUCUGAGAUUGUACAGAAUGGACGUCUCAUUGUUUCUACAGAAUGUGGCCACGUCUUUUGUAGCCAAUGCCUCCGUGACUCCCUCAAGAAUGCUAACACUUGCCCAACUUGCAGGAAAAAGAUCAACCACAAACGAUACCACCCCAUUUAUAUAUGAAGUGUGGAGAGCUGCUCAGGAGAGGUGGACGAACAGACAGACAGCCUGGCUGGGUUCUCCACACAGCCUUUCAUGGGUUCUCUGCCUCAAUUUCCUGAGCUCAAAAAGACUAUAUUUCAAAAACCAACAUCUGAUAUGUAAACUGCUCUUUUGUUUCCAACCCCCUUAGGCCCUUUCGUUACCUCCAGGUUACAGCUGUGGAGCUGGGGCCAGGGCCGCCCAGGCCGGGGACUUCAUCUCUCCUCCUCUGGGUGGUCUGGUUCCAGGGUAGGAGAGAGGGAGUUAGGCACAUUGGAACUGAGAAUCGUGGUUCUAGCCUCUUUCUGGAACCUGCAUGUUUGCCAAGAAAUUUUUCCCCAUUUGGAAAGUUUGCCCCAGCUUCCUCCUGGCAGUGUCGUCAAGGGGCUGGCCCCGGUCAGAGAGCACGCAGGUCCGCCCAGCUCUCCUGGGCGAGCGACAUCGACCCAGGCAUCUGUCUGCCACAGUGACCAAGCAAAACAGGGUCCAUCCGGCCCAAGGAUCCCAGGUGUGAGCACGGCCCUGGAAAGACAACCACUGGACUUUCUCCUCCCUCGAGAGUCAGAGGUCACUCGUGAUCCCACCUGCACCUUAGCGUUGAUGUGCAGGGAUUUCUGCAGAUCAAGAGAAUCUCUACAGGGCAAUUCCCAGGUUCCUAAGAACGAAAUGUGCAAUAAAGCCUGUUCUUUGCCUCCUUUUCAGCAGCCCAGGAGAUGUAGCACUCUCAGUGUCCCCUCAGGGGCCUCACGUUGCCUGUGGAGCAGUGCCUGUCCCACCCCGUCCUAUUCACCACCUGUUCUCAGGACCUGAACCCAUGUCCCAGAGUUUUUCACCUGGCACAGGCCCUGCGAGCUCUAGAGGGCAGAUAUGUGGUCGGGUACCCUCUCUCUUUUCUGAUAAAAUGUAUCCUGUUUGCCACAUGGCCUCUAGCCCUCAGUUCCUACUGCCUGAUGUCUACUCAAGCAUCAGUCCUGGGAGGUGGUGGCAGUACCUGCGGCCUUAGCAGCCACCCAUGUCCACGCUCUUGUCCAAGUCCUGGCUUCCCGGAGUUUCAGAGUUGGGCCCACCUGCCAUUAGCGGGGCUCUUUGGCUUUCACCCACACCCCCGCACCACUGACAUUCACUUUAGAAGCUGCUCCUCUGGCCUUUCAGGCUUUGAUCCUUUGGGCUUUUGACUGCUCCAUAGGUUUGGUUGGCAAAGUAUGGUUGGCCUCUCCUCCCCAAGGCAGCCAGAUAACAAACGCUCUGCUUAACUUUCUGGGUGUGAGCCUCUUGGUCCUCGAGGAGGAACGGGGUGGCCUGAGCUGCCCUUCCCAGCACGGGGCCUGGGGCAGCUAGUGGGGGAGAGGCCUUGCCGUGUCAACUUGCCUCCGCCUCAGCACCCCUCUUUCUCAGAGGGCUUUAAGCCAAACCAACAGCCUCUCCGUGUGAAACAUCUUCAAGGUGGAAACGGGGCCUCCUCUGGCUUUGCUAGCAAUAACUGACCUUCAGUUUACCCUUCUGAAGGAGCAGGGACUCGGCACAGAAUUCACUUUAAACGGGGCUGAAGGAGUGUCCCUCCUCUAUGUGAAAAGAAAUUUGUUUUAUUCUUCAUUCUGACUUUUUAACUGUUUGGCUCAGUUCCAGUUAAUUUGGAUGAAAAUAAUAAUUUUCUACUUGGAGUUGAGGAGGGCAGGACGUCAGUUCUCAUCGGCACGAUGCUCGGUAUGUCUGCCCUCUAUUUGGACAUCAUUGCCAUUAAGUUCCUUCUGGGCUUCGUGGAAAUUCUUUUGUUAUGUUCCAGCAGUACCCAGACUUCAGAAACCCAAGAUGACCAUGCAUCCAAAAUCUCCUUUAAGUUUUGUGCUUAAGGACAAAUGGUUGAUCAUAAAGGUGGUAUUCCUUCAUACUAAAUUAAAUUGGGAAAAAAAAUGUUUAGUUUCUACUAUUUAGAAACUGCAAAAUAGGAAAACGAUAAGAAAAAAUCAUUUUCCUUUCUUCAUUGUACAUAGUUCAAAUCUUUCUUUGUUACAUUUAAACUAUAUCCAUGUACAUCAGUCUGUUUCGGACUCCUCUGCUAGUGUUACAGAUGGAAAUAAAACCAUUAAUUUGAAACCAGA